UUUACGGCUAUCGAAGUUGAGCUUUCGACCUUCAUCCAACUUGCUUACCGAAGGGACAUUGAAAGUUUGCAUUAAAACCGACCAACGAUGACAGACAGCAAUGAACCUCCAUAUGAAAAGUUUGCUAUGGGUCUUUUCAAAAUUCUCGACGGCCCAGUCUCGUUUGUAAGAGAGAAGAUAGUGAUGCCCCUUCAAAGCAAGAAUAAAACUGUUUACUAUCAUCGGAAGUUCCCACGUGUGAAAACAGUUGACCAGUGUGAGGUGGAAGAUGCUACAUGCAUUUAUGAAGCCCAGGAGCAAUUCCAUCGGGAUAAGCAGGUGGAUAGCAAGAUUGUGCAGAUUUUGCGGCAGCGCCGUAUUGAGUGUAUGCACUGGGAGGGCCCUGAUGCAGAACGCAAAUGUAAAAAGAUUGUUGACGACUAUGAAAAUGCUGCGACUAACUGGUUCAUAAAAUAUGGGGAAAUCGGAUGUAAUGGUAAUGUCAUUGACGUCUACAUGAAGCAGAAACAUCGACUUCUGUGGCACAGACAGAAUCCUGACAAACCCUUAAUGUAAACAUAUGAGUAUUGAAACUGACUGAUAGUUAAAAUACUUUGCAUCAUCAGAAUAGCAAAGGAAUUGUAAACUGAUGCAAGAUUUUUUUAAAUUUUGAUGUCUGCUAAAUGCGUGUGGAUUAAAUCUAUUACUUAAUUCUG